AUGGCCAAAUACACCGAAGAAGAAUUGUUGUCAUUUCGUGACCAUGGCGCUGCUCCACAAGGCGUUGAUCUUAAAGCUUUUUCUGAUAUGAUUGCCGAUGUCAAGGAAAAGUUAGCUCAAAAAUAUGAGGCCGAAAACCAAGAAGGGAAAUUCACUUUCAGUAGAAGACGUUCAUCCCGUCAUGACGCCAGACCACAUUUCAAGAAGAACUUCCGUAAGCAUGAACAUGUUGUUCAACCAGAUGCUGAGGGUUGGGUCACCUUGAAAAACACAAGAAAGUCCUUUGGUGCUGGAAAUGAAGAGAGCCGUGAUGAAUUCAGAGAAGCCGUCAAGAUUGUGGCUCCUGUAAUGAAGGUUAAGCCAAACACUAAAGGUAUUGGUACCAGAGCUGCUGCCGACACUAAGGAAGCUGUGUCUGAAAAGAAAACUAAGAAGUUCAAUGCUUUCAGUGCAUUAGGCUCGGAUGAUGAGGAAGAAGAAGAAGAAGAUGAAGAGGAUGAAGAUGAAGAAGAAGAUGAAGAGGAUGAAGAAGAAGAAGAAGAAGAAGAAUGA